AUGGGUCAAACUCAGACCAUGAUUGCCGAGAUCGAGAUCCAGGCACCACCUGAGACUGUCAGAUCGGUGUUCAUGGACUUUUCAAGAUAUAAAGAAUGGAACGGAUGGAAAGUUGAGCCAGCCAACUCAUCGAAAAAACCGGACGAGUUGCAACCAAAGGACAAACUCAAAGUUGACCUAGGGACCAUGAAGUUCUCCCCAACUCUCUUGCAAAACUCAAUAGACGCUUUUGAAUGGCAUGGAAAUCUAUGGCCCAUAUUUUCGGGCAAGCACGAGUUCACAUGGCAGCCAAGCUCCAAGACUCCAGGCAGCACGACAUUCAGACAGAAGGAAGAUUUCACUGGCCUUUUAGCGUUCCUUAUGGCACCCGCACGCAGCUCUAGUAAAAAGUCCUUGGAUAAUUGGGAGAGUUUCAAUGCGGAUUUGAAGAAGGAAGUGGAGAGGAAGUCAUAG